UUUCAUGAAUGCGAAAACAGAGCUCAGGAGAAGGAAGAGAUUUUGGGUUUUGCUUCGCCCGCUUCCUUCUUCAUUCUUUUGGCCAUUUUCGUUUUCUUCCUUCCUCUGGUAAUCCCGGUUUUGGGUUUGAUUCUGCCAGUUCUCUCUCUUGUUUCUUAAUUUUCCGUAUUUAUAAAAAAAAAAAUAGAAAUGUUCCUCCUCCAAGCUUAUGUGAUCUCGAAACCCUCCUCUGCUCUCUGUGCUGCUGUAAGCAGUAACAAUCCUAAUUUAAAUCCUUAUCUUCCUCGCUUCUUAUCAAAGGAUAUAAAAAAUUCUCAUCGAAUUGCAAAACCCUUUCCUUGUCUUGCCCGUUCAACAGAAUCUGAGUCAGUAUCCGACCCCGAAACCAGCCCCCAACCAGGAACCCGAAGCCGCCGCCAGAAACCCCCCACUCAAGCCAACGAUGACCGCAGAAUGUUUCCAGCAACCAUUCCUCGGAAGCCGAGGCGCGGCCGCAGGAGCGAAGCGGAUGCCGUAGAGGAUUUCGUGCGCGACUCGCUCGGGCGAACUUUCGACGCAAUCCGGCAGCAGAACCCCGACGUUUUCGAGAACAAGCAGGAAGUGAUGAAGAACAGAGCCGAGAGUAGCGUUGUUGAGGGUGAAGAUGAAGAUGAAGAUGAAGAUGAAGAUGACGAUGACGAAACGGAAGGAAAUGAAAGCGACUUUGGUGAUGGGGGGAGGAUGAAGAAUAAAAAGAAGAAGAAGAAGAUGGUGGUGGAGGAAGAGGACCCGGACUGGCCGUUGGAUGCGGAGGUGGGAUGGGGAAUAAGAGCGUCGGAGUACUUCGAGAAGCAUGCCAUCAAGAAUGUGGUGGGAGAUGAUGGGACUGUGAUUGAUUGGGAAGGGGAGGUGGACGACAACUGGGUUAUGGAAAUAAACUGUUUGGAGUGGGAGAGCUUCGCUUUUCAUCCCAGUCCUUUAGUUGUUCUUGUUUUCGAGAGACACAACAGGGCUACCGAUAACUGGAAGACUUUGAAAGAGUUAGAGAAAGCAAUCAAGGUGUACUGGAGUGCCAAAGAUCGGUUGCCGCCUAGGGCUGUUAAGAUAGACGUCAACAUCGAGAGAGAUUUGGCUUAUGCUCUUAAAGCUAAAGAAUGCCCGCAGAUUCUAUUUUUGAAAGGAAACAGGAUUGUGUAUAGGGAGAAAAAGUUUCGCACGGCAGAUGAGUUGGUCCACAUGAUUGCACAUUUCUACUAUAAUGCAAAAAGGCCUUCUUGGGUGAAUAAGACUGCUGUAUCUCCACCUUACUAGUUACCUUACCAAAUCAGUGGACUUGCAUACACGGGAGAAGCAUGAAUCAAAAUCAAAACUCAGAACAGGCAGGUGGGUUGUGAACUGGAAUUUGUUCUCUACACAUUACCAGAUGACUUGCUUGGCCUCUGCUGAAGACUCCAUUUGUGAACUAAACAGAGCAAGAUAUUCGUAUUCGGAGCUGGAAUACAGAGCUUAUGCUUGUCGUUCAUAUGCCACGAGGUUGAUGAUUACUGCAAGAAAAGCAGCUGUCUGAGAGCAAAGGAAGGGGAUUCAACAGUAGAUCAAAUUAUCCGGGGAGCCAAAAAGGUUGUGCACCGUUAUUGAAAAUCCGAUUCUUAAGUGAUGGGGUAAUUAUGUACUAUAAAUAGAUGAGAACAUAUACAUACAUAAGUUCUAUAUCGAACAUUUGUUUUUACUUAUUAAAAUGAAAGUCCAUCAUGAAUGUUCAAAUAAAUUAAUGUCUGUCAUCCGUCAUGAAUGAUUUUCAGUUUAGUA